CAAUGCUUCCUUCUGUGUCAGUGAGUCCCUCUGGUGAAAUAGUGGAGGGCGGUUCAGUCACCUAUAGCAGUGUUGCUAACCCAACAGCUAAUUACACCUGGUACAAGGAGGAUGAAGACUCAGAAAAAGCAUCAGGACACAACUUCACCAUCACUGACUUCAGACCUGAACACAGAAAAUCUGUAAUAAUAUUGAAUAUCAUCAGAUUGACUCUGGUGGUACUGAUGCUGAUUGCUCUCUUCGUGUUGGGUCUGUGGAUGAGAAAGAAGACACAUGUGGCCUUAGAAACUGGACCAAAUGAAUCUGUAAAUGUCAUCAAAGUAAACACUCGUGCUGAUUAUGAGAACGUCUCAGCCUCACAGGGCAUCACUGCAGACGACACUGAAGAGCAGGAAGAGCUGCAGUGAAGUCCAGUCAUGUUAGAGACUUGCGUAUAAAAGAAACAGACUGAAACUCAUGUUGUUUAGAUGGUGUUUAAUCAGACGUUAGAAUGAUGACAGAAAGAGAAAAGUUAAGGAGCACGGUCUCUGCCUCUGUGGAGGAUGUUUUCAUGGACUGUGCUGUUUGGCUGAGGAUCAAAUGCAGUAUUCAUAGAUGAGGCUAAACUUAAACAUCAGCUUUAUUUCUGAAACUUCCUGAAAACUUUUUAAUUUAAAUUUUUUGAUUUAGUGAAAUUAUUUAAUAUCCUGAACUAGUUUUGGUGUGAAGCACUGUAACUCAGCAGUUUCCACACUGCUUGGUGGUAAAAUAUGAACACGUGUUGAUUCCUGCUUUAUUUUUCCAUUCAGAUAAAUACUGCUGACGUAUACUGCUGGUGUUUUCAUUCCUGAGAAUAAUUAUGUAAAGGGAUGAGCUGACUGAGAAAUUGUUUGUGGUCUGUCUUUGGUAUUAAUGUAAAUACAUUUUAUUAUUUGUCAAGACAAAUGUUUCCAUCCUGCAUGAGCCUUGUUUAGGAAGAGCUAAAGGAACAACAGCUAAAGGACACACAGACCUCCUCCUUCCCCAAGAGCACCUGGCUGCAGCCACUGUGGAGCUCCACAGCAAGCGGAAACACGUGACCUUGACCAAACCCUUCUCCUCUUCCCAGCCACCUCCUUCAGUGUAUCCAUCUGUCGUUCUGUCCAGUGGGAAAUGGCCAAAACACCUGACCCACGAGGCAUCCUUGUCAGAUGCCUAAAGUACCUAAACUGCCUCCUUUCAAGGUGGAGGAGCAGCGGCUCUACUCGGAGCCUCUCUCGGAGGAAUAAAUUCAUCACUGUAUCUCUAAAGGAGAGGCCAGCCACCCGUCAAUGAGUACUCUGCUGUUAAAUUUAACAGAUGCAGCACAGCCCUCAGUUCAGGAGCAUCUCACAUAGAAAUAUUACAAAUUCUUUUUGACAUUUUCUGAUUUUCUUAUAACAUGUGUCUGUGUAUUAAUGGCAAUGAUAUCAUCUCCUCUCUUUUUCUGUCUACAAAAAUAAAAAGUUCAUAAUUCAUCUGCACUGCACUCCAAA